CGUAAGAUGACUACCUUAAGCUUGUACAAAGCCUUGCGCUACAACUCCCGCCUUCGUAGCCAUGAUCAUAUCGCCGGUAAGCGUAGCAAGUAUUCUUUGUCUCUGACCCAAUCGUGCAUUGAGUGAGACCCCAUCGGCCGCUAUCGUUCGGUGGUUCAUUAAGCCUGUGUCAGUGAAAGGCAACAAUGCCUAGCCUCAAAGGCUUGCUCAAUAAGAAGGAUAAGAUCAGCAAAGGUAGUACUUCGAAGCAGGAUGCGCAGACAGCGCCGUCAACCGAGGAAAGGAGGCCGAAGGAACCGGAGCUGACUAUCGUACGCUGCACCACGGACACGGAGGAGAUCAUCGAACCGCCGAGCUUCCCAGACGAUGAGACUACAAGCACAACGAGUAAGCGGUCACUGGAGAAGAAGGAGAGGAAGCGUCAUGGUGUGGGCUUCCGGAAGUCUUCAAAUGCAGCCAUUACGAAAGAUCCAACAGCGGCAGCUCAGCAGGAUGGUGUGGAUGGAGAUCGACAUCGACAGUCGCUAGCAGUGAGACCGAAGAGCGAGAGGAAGAUCUCUGAAAGGUUCCACUUGCAUAGAGAUCGGUCCAAAUCGGCUGCGGCGGAGACGAGCGACAACCUGCCCGUCGAUUUGCCGGACGCGCCUAUAUCGAUUGCUACUCCUGCAGAAGACGUAGAUGGGCAAUCUGGCGGCAACAAGGAGGUUCUCGAGCAACGAGAGGCACAGUGGGAGAAGCGUGCAACCAUACUAGCACACAGUAAUCGACUGGGUGACGAGCGGCCAGCGCAAACAACAGGUGGCACUCGCAGUCGUAGUUCUAGCAUAUCCAAUCAAGGUGGCGACGAGAACAUACAAGAAGCGAUCCGCCUGCACGAAGAGGGUGACUUGGAAAGGUCGACAGUGAUGUUCGGCCGUUUAGCGCAGCCCAAAGGCGCAAACAACGCUCUUGCCCAAGUGCUUUACGGUCUUGCGCUUAGGCAUGGUUGGGGCAUCGGACCCGACCCGGAGAAAGCAGUGCAUUAUCUAUCAUUAGCUGCUGCCAACUCCGCGUCCAUCGAGGAGCAGGCCCUCGCAGCGGGCAUGAAGAAGGGCGGUGCCGCAAAAGGCGAGCUGGUUCUUGCUAUCUUCGAGCUCGGCAACUCCUUCAGGCAUGGCUGGGGUGUCAAGAAGGAUGCUGUUGCUGCGAGACAUUACUACGAGACUGCCGCCAACCUGGGAGACACGGAUGCCAUGGAGGAAGCUGCAUGGUGCUACGUUGAAGGCUUUGGAGGUGCUAAGGACAAGUUCAAGGCUGCGCAGUACCUUCGCCUUGCCGAGCAGAAGGGCAGUAAAGCUGUCGGCAAUUCUUGGAUAUGGAAGGAGAAGUACAAUCCGAAGUAGUACUUCGACACCCAAUGAUUCCUUGCUUCGAAACGUUUGCCACUCGAGAAGUAGGCAGGCUUCUUUGCUCGGUUAGCAAUAACCUGACGACUUCUGUGUAAUAUCUUCGAGCGCACCUUGAUGACAAGGCAGCCACACACAUGAUAUUGUACAUCCAGUUCGAGACCUGCAAAGUAGAGCUGCCAUUGUUGCUACUUGAUCGGCUGUAAGUCUCACUUACACUGUCCACCAGUGACAAUUGCAAACUAGAUACACUGAAUACAGCACGUGAAACAUAGACCCGUGGAGAUCGUCAAGCAGGUUAU